CAUUUGUCAAACGGCAAACGUGUGUGCUGUGAUGGUAAAGAUCGUUCAAACUUCAAAGUUUUACGAAUUUCGAAACACAGAAAGUCGUGUCGUAACUUUGCUUGCUUCUAUAUUAAUAUUAGUGAUAGAAAAAAAACCAGUUGAAAUGUAUUAUUAAAUGUAAAAUGUUGGGAUUUUUUACAAUAAGAAGAAGAUAUUCUUUCUUUAAUGGUUUUGCAGUGAAAUCACGUCAAUUUUAUUUCGCUCAAUGAGUUAAUGAUUUCAUAAAAUUUUAAUUUCAUGCUGUCAAGAGGGCCAUGUGCUUCAAUUGUAACAGAAAAUAUAAAUUAAUUUAAAUUAAUAAAUAAUUAAUUAAAAAUGGAAUCAUUGCCUAUGGAAAAUAGAAAUUUAUUAUUGAAAAAUAACGAGGUCAUUCCGAAACCUGAAAGAAAUGGCCAGGUCUUGAAUGGAGAAACAUCAAGAGACCCACCUGAUGGGGGUAUAAGAGCUUAUAUGAUAAUUGUUGGCUCAUUUUUAACAAAUGGGCUGGUAUUUGGUGUUAUUAAUUCAUACAGUGUUAUUUAUACUGUCCUUCAAAAGAAACUUGAGGAUGAAAACAUACCUAACUCCGAAAGUAGAGCUGCUUUAGUUGGCGCAUUGACAAUGGGAACGACUUUUCUGCUAUCUCCGCUCUCAGGCGUGUUGACUGGACUUCUAGGACUGCGAUGUACUGCUGUAUUAGGAGGCAGCAUUGCGGUUCUUGGCUUACUUCUAUCUUCAUUCUUAGUAGAUUACGUAGACGUGUUAUGCUUCACUUACGGUGUUAUGUACGGAUUGGGAGCAUCACUCGCAUAUACACCUUCAUUGGCUAUUCUUGGCCAUUAUUUCAAACGGUAUUUAGGUUUGGUUAAUGGUAUUGUUACAAUAGGAAGUUCGAUUUUUACAGUUAUUAUGCCACCUCUAAUGGAAUUCAUGAUUAAAAAUUACGGCUUACACGGUUUGUUUAGAUUAUUAGCGGUUAUCACAGUCGGUGUCGCACUCUGUGGACUAUUAUUCAAACCAAUAUCUGUGGUAGUUAUAGAGAAACCUCCAAGAGAAGAUGGUUUUAAGGCACUUGUAAAAACUAUUAUUAAUGUACAAAUUUGGAAGAAUAAAAAGUAUAGAUUAUGGGCUUUGUCGAUGCCUGUAGCUUUAUUUGGAUAUUUUGUUCCUUAUGUGCACAUAAAGAAGUUUAUUGAGAUUAAUUUUACAAAUGUUCAAGACAACUUGCCCCUGCAAUGUAUAGCUGUAACUUCUGGAAUGGGAAGAUUGGUCUUCGGUUUUUUAGCUGAUAAGAAGUGGGUUAAUAGAAUAAUGCUACAACAAAUAUCUUUUUACGUAAUUGGAGGCCUUACAAUUAUAUUACCGUUCGUGAAAACAUUUCCUCUAUUAAUAGUUGUAUCAUUGGGCAUGGGAAUUUUCGACGGUGCAUUUAUAGCGUUAAUUGGUCCAAUUGCUAUUCAAUUUUGUGGCAGUGCGUAUGCCGCACAAAGCAUUGGCUGUAUGCUAGGAUUAGCUGCGUUACCUUUGUCGAUGGGUCCACCUAUUGCAGGACUUAUAUUUAGUAUUUAUCAAUCGUACACGUUGCCAUUCAUUUUAGCUGGAAUUUCGCCACUUGUCGGUGCUACUAUAAUGUUUGCCAUACAUUUUCAAAAGUAAAAUUAAUAAUUAAAUCGGAUAAUUUUUUUUUAAUAAGAUCGUUACACUUAAAUAACAAUAAAUUACUUUAUUAUAUUUUAAUACUAAAUCAACCGCCAAUUAAUAAGUAGAUAAUUGGUACGUCGAAGUGGCUUCCUCUAUGUCAUAUUGAUUUCGUAUUUCAUCUGGACACGAAAUUAAUUCAAAACGAAUCUCUUAUUAUACUCCUGUAAAAAACAAACCUCGCAUGAAAUUAAGUUCUAAUUGAUUUAUUUAGUGAAUUCAUUAUUAAGGUGCUAAGUUAUUUGGAAUUUAAAAUUAUACCGAGUUGUUUACUUGCAAUUUUUUAAACUACGACAUUAUUAGAAACUUAUAAUUAUUACAUAUUAUUUCAUUUAAAAUAUGUAAUAUAGAUAUAUUUUCUUGAUUAUUCCGAUUUUACGGAAUGGACGUGCAUUUUUAAAAAAUA